GACUUUGACGGAGCCGUAAAUUAGGUAGGUGCUUUAUAUAUUACUAUAUACCGACUUAGUAUAUAACGUAUGCCGUAACAUCUAGUAUAAUGUCGUAUUGUUCUCGAGCGGGGUCCAUCCAAUAUCAAGUUUGGGACACGUUAUCUCGUUGUCAGAGGAUCAUCCUGCAUGUCCGAGAUAGGAGAUCAAGCCGAAAAAUCCCAUAUCUGUAUAUUCUAGAUUUUCCUGUAUUUUAGAUGGUCCCCUUUAUAAAGUCAUCCAACUCUGGACCCAUAGCGGGCCACUCUAACCCACGUUCUCUCGGUUCAAAAUGCUUAGAGCGACAGAACGUAUUAUAACUCCCAUCCACCUAACUGGAUCACCGAAUUCUACGCAGCCCCUUUCACCUAGACCGGACUCGGGUAUUAGUGAAGUGAGUAGGUCCGGUAUAUCCGGACCACCGUCUCCCACUUCACGAAGUCGUGUACGGGAUUGCUCAGAGACUCCAUACCAAAAUCAGGACUCGAGUGUUUAUACACCGUUAUCGCCUCCUUGUACGCCCGACCUAAAUUCGCCUUUCGAUUCACACCCAGCCAAGAGGGACGAGAAUAUAGACAAAUCGAACAACAAGGAAAUCAAUCAAAUAUUAUCCUCUCAUACAGAUAACUCCGGCAAUCUGGAACCACGUCGAAAAUCAACUCGGCCAACACCGGCUCGAGAGGCUCAAGAGAAACGAGUCCAACGCGUCUUUGAUAUAAUAAAGCAAUUAAAGAACGAAGAGCUCUCAACCGACGAUAUUCUUAUCGUAGAAGAAUUGACAGAAUCAGCGUUUAAAGACCUGCGAGAUAAAUUACAAAGGGAAGAUGAUGAUCUGAAAAGAUAUUUCGAGGACGAUCUGUGCUACGAUUAUCCGUAUCGAAGUAAACAAACAGACCAUAUUGUCUUUCGCAUGAAUUCAGAGCUCCAUGAGCACGUAUCUAGGGAAAUCUUCAUGACACUGGCAAAUCAGUUAAAGACGCAUUCGAAGAGGGUCACAAAUUCAGAGCUGCCCGGCCAGAUCCCGAGUAAACGAUUUAUCUUCACAGGAUCGGCGAGGAUUUCCUUCGGGGAUAAAUCUCGUGGGAACUGUCCAGAUGAGAGUUUUCGAUAUCCCGACUGCAAAUACCCGGGACUGGUCAUAGAAGUGUCCUGGUCGCAAAGGCCCAGGGAGUUGCCAAAACGGGCAAAAGAUUUUAUCACCAAAAGUAAUGGUGGAGUGAGAACCGUCAUUUCUAUCGAUGUGCACGAUAGUUAUGAGAAGAAGCGGCAAAGUGGAAUGCCGGGAGAGGCCAAAUUUUCGGUAUGGAGGGCAGAUUGGGUCUCAGGUAACAAAGUAAUACCUAAGAUGAGCGUGGACAACCAGGUUUUCCAAAACGAACGCGGAGAAUUUAACUCUUCUGCCUCUGACUUGCACCUCACCUUCGAAGAUUUUCUCUGUAGAAAGGUAGCAGACACGUUAGGUCCUGACAAACCACGUCUUAUAGUUGAAGCUAAGGAGCUAUACGAAUGGGUUCAGGAAGGACUGGCUGCCUUAAAUGCCCCACCUCCUGGACCAUCAGCGGAACAGAAUAACGCCUCGGAGCAGCAAGUUUUACCCGUGUCACCUCCGGAUUCCCAUGCGGGAGGUGGGGAAAUGUCGCAAAACCCGGCAUCAAGCCCUGGCCAACCGGUGGAUCCACAUCCCGAAAACAAUUUACCACAAGGUCAAGCACCGCUUCAGACUCAAGUGGAAAGACCGCCACGAAGAGCUCGUAUAAUUGGAGCUGAUAAAAUUUCGGCCUACUUCCGGAGGCAACGUAGGUAAAUGUUACGGCACAGUACUGCAAGUGGUAUCGAACAAAGACCACGUAAAGAUGGUGUCGCUGGUUUGAUGAUGAAGGAAUCUAGAAGGUGAUUAAGAUAUUGAAGAAUAUCGAAACGGUAUGUGAGAAGACAUUGUC